UUUGGCUAAGAUCAAGUGUAGUAUCUGUUCUUAUCAGUUUAAUAUCUGAUACGUCCUCUAUCCGAGGACAAUAUAUUAAAUGGAUUUUUGGAAUUAGGAGUUGGAAUAGGAGCUUGCUCCGUCCACUCCACGCAUCGACCUGGUAUUGCAGUACUUCCAGGAACGGUGCACCCCUCUUUCGAGGGGAAUAAAUCUUUGUCUCAAAAAAAAGAAUCGCUUGGGCAGACGAGCCUGGCUGGGUUUAAGUCCACAGAGUCGCCAAAGCCGUCGGGUCCGACUUAGCAACUAUAAAUAGCUACAAUUUUAAGAAUGGUGACAUGCUUAGUAGUCUUCUUUAUAACGGGCUCACGCUGGUGACGCAGGCGCUGCGCCGGAAGUGUGAGCCUUGGGUUCCCGAGCUCGGCUAUGGCGGCUGCGGCUGCACGCUGGAACCAUGUGUGGGUUGGUACCGACACUGGCAUCCUGAAAGGAGUGAACCUUCAGCGCAAACAGGCGGCGAACUUCACGGCGUCAGGACAGCCGCGGCGCGAAGAGGCGGUGAGCGCCCUGUGUUGGGGUGCGGGCGGCGAGACACAGAUCCUGGUGGGCUGUGCCGAUGGGACAGUGAAGCACUUCAGCACCGAGGAAGGCAGGUUCCAGGGCCAGAGGCAAUGUCCUGGAGGGGAGGGCACGUUCCGAGGCCUCGCCCAGGUUGACGGCACCCUCAUCACAUGUGUGGAUUCUGGGAUUCUUCGAGUCUGGCAUGACAAGGACAAGGAGGCAUCCUCUGACCCACUCCUGGAACUGAGAGUGGGCCCUGGGGUAUGUAGGAUGCGCCAAGACCCAGCACGCCCCCACAUCGUUGCCACAGGUGGGAAGGAGAAUGCUCUGAAGGUGUGGGACCUGCAGGGAUCUGAGGAGCCUUUGUUCAGGGCCAAGAAUGUACGGAAUGAUUGGCUCGACCUGCGGGUUCCCAUCUGGGACCAGGACAUACAAUUCCUCCCAGAGUCACAGAAGCUUGUCACCUGUACAGGGUACCACCAGGUCCGUGUCUAUGAUCCAGCCUCCCCUCAGCGCAGGCCAGUCCUUGAGGCCACCUACGGAGAGUACCCACUGACAGCCAUGACCCUGACUCCUGAGGGCAAUUCAGUGAUUGUGGGGAAUACUCAUGGGCAGCUGGCAGAAAUUGACCUUCGACAAGGGCGCCUGCUGGGCUGUCUAAAGGGACUGGCGGGCAGCGUCCGAGGGCUGCAGUGCCACCCUUCAAAGCCUCUACUAGCCUCCUGUGGUUUGGACAGAGUCUUGAGGAUACACAGGAUCCGGAAUCCACGGGGCCUAGAGCAUAAGGUUUAUCUCAAAUCUCAACUGAACUGCCUUCUCCUGUCAGGCAGGGAUAACUGGGAGGAUGAACCGCAAGAGCCUCAAGAGCCCAACAAGGUGCCCUCAGAAGACACAGAGACAGAUGAACUUUGGGCCUCCUUGGAGGCAGCUGCCAAGCGGAAGCUCCCCAAUUGGGAGCAGACCCAAGGCGCUCUCCAAGCCAGACGGAGAAAGAAGAAACGGCCUGGGUCCACCAGCUCCUGAAGAGCUUGUGCUCACUUUGUAAAUAAACACCUUAAAAACGUA